AUGAGGAAGUUUUUAGUGAGAGUAAAUCAGCCUUCUGAUCCACCUGAAACCAAAGAGCGAAGAGAAUCAAAUGCAGCAUCUGAUUCAAUUACUAUAAGUGCAAUUUCGAAAAGGCUAGAAAACAAUCAAGCAAGCAACUAUGAUGGAAAACAAAAACCUAGCGAUUCUUUGGACAAAGAAAAUGAUUUUGAAUCCUCGCAAGAAAAUGUUUCUUCUCAAGAAAAUCAAGCAUUGCCUAAGCCUAAAGUAAUUGAAAAUUGGAGAAAAACGUACACGUGGAUAACAAUAAAUGCAUCAAAUAAAGUCGUCUGCUCAAUUUGCACGGAAGCUGUAACUAACAAGUUAUUGAUUUUAGACAAUAAAAAUAUUAGGAUUUCAAAAAUGGCAUUCGUAGAAGAAGUAUUAGCAAAACAAGGUCUUGCUCUAAGAGGACACGAUGAGGAUCGAUCAAAUUUACUACAAUUUUUGCAUUUGAGAGCCGAAGAUGUGCCUGAAUUGAAAUCUUGGUUACAACGUACUGGGCAUAAGUGGGUCCAUCAUUCUAUAAUAGAUGAGAUAAUUGCUCUCUAUUCAGAAAAUCUAUUAAAUAUAAUAGUGAAUGAAAUAAAAUGCAAUAAAUACUACUCCAUCAUGAUCGAUGAAACAUCCGACGUUUCAAGACUCGAACAAGUUUCAAUUUGUCUUAGAACAGUUUCCCACAACUUCGUGGUAAAAGAACAUUUCAUGGAAUUUUGCAAUACAGGAAACACAAAAUCCGAGACGCUUCUAAAGAUUGUGACCGAAUAUCUUGCUAAAAUAACGUUAAGCAUAAAUGAUCUACGAGGUCAGUGCUAUGAUGGAGCGAGCAACGUAUCUGGAAAAAUUACCGGUCUUCAAACUAGAAUUCGUGAACUCGAACCCCGUGCACUAUUUGUACAUUGCUCAGCUCACUCAUUAAAUUUAGUUGUUCAAGACGCACACGAAGACAUCCAGUUCGUAAGAAACUUCAUUGGCAUGAUUAAAAAAAUCAUCAAUUGUAUACGUGAUUCUCCAAAACGUCUGCAUGAUUACAAAAUCUUGCAAGAAUCGCAAUCUCAAGAGCGUACCACUGCGCUAUCUCCGUACUGUCCAACAAGAUGGGUCAUGCGAAUCAAGUCACUAAAAACGAUACAUACUGUUGAAAAUUAUAAAGCUGCCAUUGAGUUUUUCAACAACCUGAGUACAGAUCGUAAUUCCGAUCCUAGUAAUUCAUCAAAGGCAAAAGGUUUUUUGCAAAAUAUGUAUUCGUUUGGAUUUUAUUUUAUUUUAACAACAAUUAUUGAAAUUUUUACGCAAAUUGAAACUUUGAACAUGGAACUUCAAAAAUCUGAUUUGUGCGUAAAUAUGUCACAUCGCAAAGUUCAGAUCGUAACGGAAAAUAUCAAGGAAAUGAGAAACUCGAAAUUUGAUUCAAUUUGGAAGACAUGCACAAAAGAUGCUCAGACUUUAAAUUUGGAUGAACCCACUAUACCUCGAACUAGAAAAAUUUCUAAGCGACUAGACAGUAACCAAGCCAGUGUUCAUUUAUUUGAAACUCCAGAGCAGUACUAUCGAAAACAAUUCUAUGAAAUUGUUGAUAAAACCUUAAUGGCAUUAUCUGAGAGGUUCAAUACGGACACAAUUAAAAUUUUGAACAAUUUUGAAAAUUUUAUAAUUAAUGAGAAUAAUGUCAAUGUCAAAGAUAUAACAUCUUUUUAUAAUAUUUCGAUUAAAGGUGCCGCUGUUAAUGAAAUUAACGGAGAAAAGUUACUUCAGCAAAGGGAUCUUUUUAUAGAUACAGCAAAAAGGCACAAUAUCAAAAUUAAAUCAUUGAAAGAUGUCAUAGCAUAUUUGAGAGACAGUGAAGCUCUUAGAGAUAUUGUUUGCGAAUACUCAAAAUUAGUCAAAUUGUUGGUUACCAUUCCAGGAUCAUCAUGCUCAAAUGAAAGAUCUUUUUCUUCAUUAAAGCGUUUGAAAACUUAUUUAAGAUCAACAAUGCUCCAAGACAGAUUAAACGAUCUCGCUAGAAUUAAUAUUCAUCAAGACUUGCUUGCAACAUUGGAUUUAGAAACAUUAAUAAAUACAUUUAUCAAACGCAAUUCACAGAGGUGGGCGGUAUUCUUAUCGGGAUAUAAGGAUCCGGACGCGAUAAGGUGGCACGAAGUAAAGAAGCAAAGACAGAGUAUUAAGUAA